AUGUAUUCAUUAGAUCCUUUCAUCAUGGCACGAUCACCUAUUGUAAUUAAACCAAGCAACAACUCGAGACAACCAAAGAAGAGAACAUACCGACGACUUCAAGAUUUUAUCAGGAAUCUUGCAAGAUCGGUUUCAGAGUCAGAAAGUGAAGAGGAUGGUGGUGAUGACAAUAAAAAAGUGAUUCGCAUCUCUAUGAGCUCAAAAGAGUUGCUGACAACCCUUAUUAGAGAUCUCAUCAACAAGGUAAUUGGAUUGUGUCAAUCAAGAAUGCUUGAACUGAACGCUAAAACUCUGAAAUUGGUGGAAUUGAAAUCAGUACUAAAGAAGGUGAUCAUUGGUAAAAAACUGUCGAGUGACGCUUUCGAAAAAGGAGAAUACAAUCUAACGGCAGACAGAACAACAUUGAUAGUCAGACACUGUUUCAUCAGACACCAGCUCGAAGCAUCAGGCCAACUUGGCAAGACAAUCUCAAGAGAUAUAUCAAGAUAUCUGGCGGGUGUAAUUGAGACCAUCCUUAAAAGACUCAUUAUACUUGCCAGCUCUAAAUCAAUACAAUCUAAAUCUAGUACUAAUAUAACUCUUAAAUCUACUAUUUAG